AUGUUCCGAACUUCUAUGAGGCAAAUGUCGGGGACUUCUCGCACAUGGCAAGGAUUCCGCAGCCAAAUACCAUUGGUCAAGUCCUUGAUACUUACGGUGGUGUUUGGGUCUGCGGUGGUGGAGGCUACAAAGAGUCGUAAAGAUCUAGAAGGAUACCGAAAGACAUACGAGUUCCGGUUUAGUGUAUUAAACGAUAUCAUUGGGAAACUUGAACGAGACGAGCCGGUCGAUAUCCAACAAGAGUUAAAGGUAGUCAAUACGCUUACCAAACAUAGAUAUAAUACCGCCACAGAUAUUGAAUUGGAUGAGCAACUAGAGGAUUUCUUAAAGCAAGUGGAAUCAGAAAUAGAAGAAACGGAAGCUAAUAAUAAUGAUGAUGAUGAUGAUAAUAAUAUUGAAGUUGGUGAUGUUACCCCCGUAGACUCCAGCAAAUAUAUAUAG